CACUCAGUCCUCCAAGGGUUAUUGAGCUCCGGAUCCUAGAAAGGCAGGAAGUUUGAUAAGUGGAGGGAGACUGUAGGGAACGUCCUUUCCUUCCUUCCGAGUAGACAGAGAGGGAAGUCGGUCGGGGAGAAAACUUGGUCGAGGCUGAUGCAAGGACAGGAGAGAGACAGAGAGAGACAGAGAGAGCAGUGGGAUGCAAAUGCCUGGAGACUGACCAGUGAGGAUCACGGACCACUCCCUCUCGAACCCUGCUGUGCCACGUCUAAGGUCAGAAGGGCCUCUGAUGCCCAAAGCUGAUGUCACCUCCUGGCUUGAAGAAAAGGAAAAACUAUUCUGGCAGCCCAUCCAGGCUCCCACCCUGAAUGGUACGCAUUGUUGCCCACAAGCAUCCACAGCAAGACCCUCCUACCUCUUGGCCCCAGGAGCAUCAGAGCACAGCACAGACACACAAGACAAAGAGGGUGGCAACAAGCUACAGCAGCUAUUCCUCUCCCCAGCCCUGACAGACUGCCUGGGCUGCAAGUGAAUGGGCAGGAGAAGGAGAAGGAUUGAGAGCCAUCUGCAGCGUCACUGGAAAGAAGUAUAACAUGGUGAAAUGAAUGAUUGGAAGUGAAAGGGAUUUAAAAGACAUGAGGGAAAUCAGGCUAAGAUUCAGAUGAAGAAAUCCUCUACUCCUUAGGGUGUUGACAUCUAUGAAUGCCUGAUCCAGUAAAGAGACCUCAAGGAAAACAGAAGGGAAAAGCGUCCAGUGUGAGGGGGAAACAUCAAAUAUAAAUUGACGCCACAGAAUUCACACAAGGGGAAAACAUGUAAAUGAAUGGAGUGUAGGAGGAGCUUGAGUCACAGUCCUGGCCUAAUUGAGCAUAAGGAAUCCAUACGAGGGGAAUUAAUAUGCAUCAAUUAAAUGCAUGAAGUGUGCAAAGGGCUUCAGUCAUAGCGAAAGCUGUAUUUUACAUCAGAGAAUCCACAAAGGAGUGAAACUGUUGAGUAGGGAAAGUCCUUCGGUGACAGCAGAAAACUUAUUUUGCAUCAAAAAACCCAUACAGGGAAGAAGCCAUGCAAACUUGUGGAAUGUGUAAAAAGCUUCAGUCAUUACAGACUUUAUGACGAAUAGUCAUUACAGGGGUCUAGCCAUUUAAAUGUGUGCAGUGUGGAAAGCAUUUUCCUCAUAGCGAUAACUUCACUGCAUAUCAAAGAACCCACACAAGGAUGAAGGCAUAUAAAUGUAUGGAGUGUGGAAAGAGCUUCAGUCGUAGAGCUAUUCUUACUUCACAUGAAAGAACCCACACAGGGGUUAAACCACAUGAAUGUGUGGAGCGUGGAAAGAGUUUCAGUCGUAGCGACAGCCCUACUUUACUUCAAAGAACCCACACAGGGGUGAAGCCAUAUGAAUGUGUGGAGUGUGGAAAGACCUUCAGUCAAAGCAGAAAACUUAAUUUACAUCAAAGAAUCCAUACAGGGGUGAAACCACAUAAAUGUGUGGAGUGUGGAAAGAGCUUCCAUUCUAGUACACAACUUACUUCACAUCAAAGAACCCACACACGGGUGAAGCCAUAUGGAUGUGUGCAGUGUGGAAAGAGCUUCAGUCAAUAUGGACAACUUUUUCACCAUGAAAGCACCCACACAGGGGUGAAGCCAUUUAAAUGUAUGGAAUGUGGAAAGAGUUUCACUCGCAGGGAUGUCCUUACUAUACAUCAAACAACCCACUUGGGGAUGAAGGCAUAUAAAUGUAUGGAGUGUGGAAAGCACUUUAGUCAGAGUAGUGCCCUUACGUUACAUCACAGAAUCCAUACAGGGGUGAAACCACAUAAAUGUGUGGAGUGUGGAAAGAGCUUCCGUUUGAGUAGCCAUCUUACUUCACAUCAAAGAACCCACACAGGGGUGAAGCCAUAUGAAUGUGUGGAGUGUGGAAAGAGCUUCAGUCAAAGUGCAACCCUUAGUGUACAUCAAAGAAUCCAUACAGGGGCAAAACCACAUAAAUGUGUGGAGUGUGGAAAGAGUUUCCGUUCAAGUAGCCAUCUUUCUUCACAUCAAAGAACCCACACAGGGGUGAAGCCAUAUGAAUGUGUGGAGUGUGGAAAGGGCUUCUCUCAUAGAGAUAGCCUUAUUAAUCAUCAAAGAACCCACACAAUGGUAAAGCCAUUUAAAUGUAUCGAGUGUGGAAAGUGCUUCAGUCAGAGAGGAAACCUUGCUACACAUCAAAAAGCCCACAUGGGGGUAAAACUGUAUGAAUGUGUGGAGUGUGGAAAGAGUUUCACUCGUAGAGAACACCUUACUUCACAUCAAGGAAUUCAUACAGGGGUGAAGCCAUUUAAAUGUGUGGAGUGUGGAAAGAGUUUCAGACGUAGUGACAGCCUUCGUUUACAUCAAAGAAUCCACACAGGGGUGAAGCCAUAUGAAUGUGUGGAGUGUGGAAAGAUCUUUAUCGACAGCAGUACCCUUACUAAACAUCAAAGAACCCAUACAGGAGAGAAACCAUUUAAAUGUAUGCAAUGUGGAAAGAGCUUCAGUCAGAGUGGAACCCUUACUUUACAUCUAAGAACCCAUACAGGGGAUAAACCACAUAAAUGUGUGGAGUGUGGAAAGAGCUUCUGUUCUAGUGGAAGCCUUACUUUACAUGAAAGAACCCACACAGGCAUGAAGCCAUAUGAAUGUGUGGAGUGUGGAAAGGGUUUCUCUGAUAGAAAUAGCCUUACUGCACAUCAAAGAACCCACACAGGGGUGAGACCAUUUAAAUGUGUCAAGUGUACAAAGACAUUCAGUCAAAGAGCACAUCUUGCUACACAUCAAAGAAUCCACACAGGGGUGAAACCAUAUGAAUGUGUGGAGUGUGGAAAGAGUUUCAGUCGUACACAUCACCUUACUUCACAUCAAAGAAUGCACACAGGGGAGAAACCAUUUAAAUGUGUGGAGUGUACAAAGACAUUCAGUCAAAGAGCACAUCUUGCUAGACAUCAAAAAACCCACACAGGUGAAACCAUAUGAAUGUGUGGAGUUUGAUGCAAAGCAGUUGCCUUAGUACACAUCAAAGAACCCACAUGGGGAUGAAUGCAUAGAAAUUAAUGGAGUGCAGAAAGAGCUUUAUUCAGUGUACUAACUUUACCGUACUUGAAAUAAUCGAUGCAGGGGAGACACCAUAUAAACAUAUGGUUUGUGGGAAGAGCUUCAAGUGUAGUGGAAAGCUUACAUCAUAGAAUCACAGAGUUGGAAGGGGCCUGUAAGUCUAUCAAGUCCAACCCCCUGCUCAAUGCAGGAAUCCAAAGCAUUCCCAACAGAUUGCUUUCCAGCUGCCUCUUGAAUGCCUCCAGUGUCGGAGAGUCCACUACCUCUUUAGGUACUUGGUUCCAUUGUCACAUGGCUGUAACACUUAGGUUGUUAUUCCUGAUGUUCAGUUGAAAUCUGGCUUCCUGCAACUUGAGCCCAUUAUUCCAUGCCCUGCACUCUGGGAUGAUAGAGAAGAGAUCCCAGCCCUCCUCUGUGUGACAACCGUUCCUGUUCUUGAAGAGUGCUAUCAUAUCUCUCCUCAGUCUUCUCCAGGCUAAACAUGCCCAGUUCUUUCAGUCUCCCCUCAUAGGGCUUGGCUUCCAGUCCCCAAAACAUCCUUGUUGCCCUCCUCUCAACCUGUUCCAGGUUGUCUGCAUCCUUCUGGAAGUGCGAAGACCAGAACUGGACGCAGUACUCAAGAUGUGGCCUAACCAGUGCUUAAUAGAGGGAAACUAAUACUUCAUGCGAUUUGGAAACUGUACUUCUGUUAAUGCAGCCUAAUAUAGCAUUUGCCUUUUUUGCAGCCACUUCUCACUGUUGGUUCAUAUUCAGCUUGUGAUCAAUGACAAUUCCAAGAUCCUUCUCAUAUAUCAUAUUGCUGAGUCAAGUAUCCCCCAUCUUAUAACUGUGCAUUUGGUUUCUCUUUUCUAGGUGUAGAACUUUUGCAUUUAUCCAUGUUGAAUUUCAUUCUGUAGUUUUCAGCCCAGUGCUCCAGCCGAUCAAGGUCCCAUGUAAUUUUGUUUCUGUCUUCCACGGUAUUAGCUGUGCCCCCCAAUUUUGUAUCAUCUGCAAAUUUGAUAAGCAUGCUUUGUACCUCCUCAUCCAAGUCAUUAAUAAAAAUGUUGAAGAGCA